UUUCAGGAGAAAUCUAUAAAAUUCGUCACAAGAAAAGCCUUAAGUCUUAGAUGUCGUUUUUACCGACAUGUGAAAAGCAGAAAAAUAUUGCUAAUUCACAAAGUAUUACAUGGCCCAAUGAUGACUCCAAGUUUGGAAAAGUGAUGCUGGAGAAAAUGGGAUGGAAACCAGGUCAUGGAUUAGGCAAGUAUGAACAAGGAAUUACUGAGAAUUUACAAGUAAAAGCAAACGUUUCCACGAAAGGUUUAGGAUGUACUGAAAGAAACGACGAAGUUUGGAUAGCUCAUCAUGACAGUUUUGCUGCGAUUUUAGCUGAUUUAAAUAAGAAGAAAGAAAAAUCAGAAACCAAAUCGGUUAAAAAAAGUUUGCACAAAGUGAAGUCAAAAAUAAUUUUGAAUGAGCAUAGAAAAGAUAGAUAUGUCCCGAAUUUGUCAAUGAUGUCAGAAAAAGAUAAAUGUGCUAUUUUUGGCAAGAGAUCAGUUCGAAGAGCCGUUGUAAAAAUAUUGACGAAAAUAUACAGAAAGAUGAAGCUAAAUCAGAAUCAUCGUCAUCUGCGAACAUAAUUGUUAACAAGACUUCGAUUAAUGAUUAUUUUGCCGAGAAAAUGCUGAAAUUGAAGGAAAGGCGAAAUGUUUGAUAUGCCUAGUAAAUUUCCAUUUUAAAUUUCGUUGUUGUUUGUCUUUCCUUUUAUUUUUAACACGUCCUCAAAACAUUUAAAACGAUCUCGACCUCAAGC